AUGAUGCAGACCCUCGUCCGUUUCAGCGCGGCCGCCCUGCUGGUCUUCAUGGUGCUUUGGAUCGAGACACAACUGAGUCAAGUGAGCACAAUCCGGCCACAUGGGGAGCUAAUCCCAGAGAUAGACCCCGCGCAUCAUGACUUCAAAGCAGGCAGGCCUACAGAACCUAUUCAACGGGAGAGUCACCCACAUCCAGAUCUCUCACUCGCUCCGUCUCCCUCGCCCUCCUUCACCAGAAAGAAACGCCCGUCGAUAUCGGAUCUCGUCCCCUCCUCCCAGAAAGACACCACAUCCUCCCAAUGGACCAUUGACAGCAUGCUGGACACGACGCAAAAACGCAUCGAUGGCGUCAUCGUGGUUGGCAGACUCAAAUUUGAAAGACCAGACUGGCUUCGUUACGAGCUGCCUGACUGGCGUCACGCAAUCUACACCCGCGAUGACCGACGUCACCCACUCAGUAUCCCCAAGAACAAAGGCAAGGCCGGCACCGUCUACCUCCAAUACAUCAUCGACCACUACAACCACCUCCCCGCGACAAUCGUCUUCCUGCACAAUCACCGCAAGCCGGGCCACACCGAGUUCCACGACUACGGAAACAUCGCCGCUGUCAACUUUCUUCGACAGGAUUUUGUGCAGAAAAAUGGUUUCGCCAAUCUCCGCUGUACUACUGGGAGUACAUCGGAUGUGCAGUGCGGGGAAAUGAUUCAUCCGGUGCCCCGGGAGGGCGUACAGUUGACGCCUAUUGAACGAGAGUUUCCGAUGGUCUGGGAGAGGUUCUUCAAUAAUACUGAUGUUCCGGAGACGAUUGCGACGCCGUAUUGCGGGCAAUUCGCGGUGUCGAAAGACCAAGUGCGAAAGCGCACCCGGGAGGAGUAUAGAAGGUAUCAGCAGUGGGCGAUGGAGUCGGGGUUGUCGGAUGAGGAGAUCGAACAACUGAUGGGGUCUCUGUGGCAUGUCAUCUUUGGGAAGGAGGCUGUGUAUUGUCCUGAUACGGCGCAGUGUUUUCAGGAUGUAUAUGGGUUGUGAAGAGCAUGAGGGAAACUACUAUAUAUUCGAUCGCAGUGCAGAGCUCAAAAGAUCUAGAGCCAUUAUCCAGUAUCAGAGAGCCGUGCCGUAUAGCUAGUCGC